GCCGCCUCUCCGGGGUGGUGGAGGUUCGCGUCCCCGGCGCCGCUCGCGCUGCCUGAGUGAGUGACAGUGGUUUGGGGUGAGCGGGUUGUGAGCGGGUUGGCUGGGGGAGAGCGGGGAGAUGGCGGUGGCGCGGCUGCAGGCCCGGGAGCUGCAGUACCUGAUGCAGAAGCGCUCGGUGACGGUGGGCCGGAACUCCUCGCAGGGCUGUGUGGAUGUGAGCGUGGGCUCCUCCAGCUUCAUCUCCCGCACGCACCUGCAGCUCUUCACCGGGGACAGCGGGGACUUCUACCUGCGCUGUCUGGGGAAGAACGGGGUGUUUGUGGACGGAGUGUUUCUGCGCAGAGGAGCUCCUGCACUGCAUAUCCCCCCAGUGUGCACGUUCCGUUUUCCCAGUACAAGCAUAAAGAUCACCUUCACGGCGUUGGGGCGGGUGAAGAAGGAGCCAAAAGAGGCGGAGUCUCCGGUGAAGGCGGUGCAGCCUCAGAUCUCCCCGCUGUCAAUCAACAUCCCUGAUAACAUCACACACCUCAUGAGCCCUCUGCCUUCGCCCACUGGGACCAUCAGUGCUGCUAACUCGUGUCCGUCGAGUCCCCGCGGUGCCGGGUCUUCGGGUUACAAAGUGGGCCGGAUCAUGUCCUCAGACCUGCACCUGAUGAACGAUAACUCUCACUCGGAGAAUGAUAAAGAGGCUUCAGGAGGAGACAGUCCCAAAGAUGAUGCUAAACCUCCGUACUCGUACGCGCAGCUGAUCGUGCAGGCCAUCACGCUCACACCGGACAAACAGCUCACACUCAAUGGCAUCUACACACACAUCACCAAGAACUACCCCUACUACAGGAGUGCAGAUAAGGGCUGGCAGAACUCGAUCCGGCACAACCUGUCUCUGAACCGGUACUUCUUCAAGGUGCCGCGCUCUCAGGAGGAGCCGGGGAAGGGCUCGUUCUGGAGGAUAGAUCCGUCCUCGGAGGGGAAGCUCCUCGACCAGGCCUUCCGAAAGCGCAGACCGCGCGGCGUGCCCUGCUUCAGGACCCCCCCCGGACGGCUCUCCUCCAGGAGCGCCCCGUCGUCACCCAGCCAUUCUGGGGUUCUCUCCGCCCACUCCAGCGGCGUCCACACCCCUGACAGCCUGUCACGAGAGGGCUCGCCUGUUCCCUUGGAGACAGACUCGGCCCCUGCCCCGCCCCCUGUCACUGUCGCUGCCAUACAGCCGAAACUGGCCGUGAUCCAGGAGGCUCACCUGGCACAGGCCACGCCCGGUUCCCCGGUGAGCAGUGCUCCGGUGUUUAUCGCGGUUCAGAGACCCAUGGUGUUCUCCUCCUCCUCGGCUGCUCCUCAGACGGUGAUGCAGACUCUCCACGUUCUCCAUCAGAUCCCCAUCAGUGCUGCUAAACCUCCAAACACACCUCAACCUCAGGAGAACGGAGCUGUGCACUCAGAGGGCAAAGUGAAAGUUGAAGCCGUCCCCACUAUCACCCACACAUCCUUUGGCUCGGCCAAUCGGAUCAUCCAGAGCAGCACAGCCCCGCCCCUCCAGACGGUUACCAUAGUGCAGCAAGCCCCACUGGGUCAGCACCAACUGCCCAUCAGAACCAUCACACAGAACGGCGCACACGCGCUGCCCGUCGCUACGGCUAGCACUGUGUCCAGUCCCCUCCAGCUGCUGGCGGCCCACGCAGCCGUCUCGGCGUCUCUGCCCACUAAACGACAGAACGGAGAGAGCGAGCAGCCAGAGAGUAAACGACAGAAACUGGAGGAGCAGCCCAGCACCGCCCCUGAUCCUCAUGGAACAGCUGGCGCGGACACGCCCACUGCUGUCAAUCAGGACUAGGCAUUAACAUGAGCCACGCCCCCUUUCUCACAGCUCCACUUCUCAUUGUCUGUCUCUCUUAUUAACCCCUCCCCCAUCAUGUCCGUUACUGACUCUUCAAUAUAAAACCCUCGAACUGAUGUCCUGCUGUUCCCAGGAUCACAACUCCACCCACUUGCAGACUCCGCCCAUCUCCUUUUCCGUUCAUGAGGACGUUGGCGUUAUUUCCUGUUUUACACCAAAUACACAUUUCUCCAACUUC